AUUUAAACUAUCAUAUCCUAACCCAUCAUGAUGUUCUUCGUGGUGCUCGCCUCAUUGAUCGCUUAUAGCGCUGCUGGCGCGAUUCCUCAGGUCCCUGGGGACAACAGCGACUAUGUGGAGGGCGUAAGCCGCUACGUAUGGAUGCCUGAUGGGGACGAUGUUCCUCGCCUAGUCGAUCUGCAGGAGCCAGUCGACCAAUCUGUUCUUAAAAGCAGAAAUGGAGCCAACAACCAGUAUUGGCUAUUCACCAGGCAAAACCGCAACAACGCCCAGGUUCUGGUGAAUGGCAACAUCAACUCAGUUAGGAACUCUAACUACGUAGCCAGCCGCCCCACCAAGGUCAUUGUCCACGGCUGGAAUAGCAACGGCUACUCUGCCAUCAACCCCACCAUCAGAAACGCCUUCCUUGAUGUUCAGGACUGCAACGUCAUUGUUGUGGACUGGCGCAAUUUGGCCAACUCCAACUACCUUACCGCUGUCGCUGGUGUACCCAGCGUUGGGCAGUUCUUGGGCAACUUCCUGAUCUGGCUGUUCAACAAUGCUGGUGGCAACUGGAACAACUUGCAUCUGGUCGGUUUCAGUUUGGGCGCUCACAUCGUCGGUAACGCUGGUCGUCAAGCUGGUGGUCGCCCAAGACGUAUUACUGGUUUGGACCCUGCUGGUCCCUCAUGGAGUGGAAACUCAAACGCCCUGAACCCCUCAGCUGGCGUGUUCGUCGAGGCCAUCCACACUGACGGUGGUUUGCUGGGUAUCUUCGACCGUGUUGCUAACGUCGACUACUACCCCAACGGUGGCAGAAACCCUCAGCCUGGCUGCUGGAUCAGCACCUGCUCUCACAGCCGUGCCUACCAGCUCUUUGCAGCUAGCGUCCGCCACAACCGCUUCGCUGGACGUCAAUGCUCCAACUUGAAUCAGGCUUCCAACAACCAGUGCACUGGCUCGGUCCUCAAUAUGGGCAACGGCAUCUUGACAAAAUCCGGAAAUGGUAUCUUCAGGGUUAACACUGGCGCGAACUAUCCUUUCUAAACGGACAAUCGAGUAGCUAUGAAUAAAAUGAAUCUUAAACAA